AUGUAUUCUGUCCAAGAAGGGAGGUGGGACCCUCAGCGCCCAUCUAAUCAUGCCUGGACACCCCGGCCUGGACCACCUUCCAAUUUGCGCCUCGCCCACUUGGAGACUGCGACGCCAGCCAAGAGAAUCACUUUCUACACAAGCGGUGACAAUCAGUUUAGGGGUGUCAGGAUGGCCAUCCAUAAGCGUAGCUUCAAAUGCUUUGAUGCCCUGCUGGAUGACCUUUCACAAAAGGUGCCACUUCCAUUUGGUGUGCGGACAGUAACCACACCCCGUGGCACACGCAUCAUCAAACAUCUAGAGGAACUCCAAGACGGGGGCUGUUACCUGUGCUCUGACAGGCGCCAGCCUAAACCAGUCAACAUGGAACUUGCCAGUAAACACCAAAGUAUUUGGCACCAUCACAGCCGCAUCCCCCCAAAAGCAGAAACCUUUUCCACGCCCUCAUCUGGCCAUCUAGCUCAGAGGCAUCGACGGAUUCUUCUGGUUAAAAACACUGAGCCAGGGAUGAGGAGAAAUAUAGGACUGAGCAGGAGGUCAAUUAGAAGCAUGAGGGCCUUUCUUGAGGAGGCUUCUGAAGUGAUGCAGUUCCAUGUCCGAAAAAUAUAUACCACAGAGGGACGCAGGAUUGACAGCGUUCAAAGUCUGAUGGUCUGCCCUGGAGUGUUGGUGUGUGUCGGCAGAGAGGCCCUGAAUCCCAUGCUGUUGAAGAUCCUGAGAAAGGGCACAGAGGGAACACUUCCUGGUUUGGGCAACAAGUCCACGGGUCUUUAUCCCAGGACUCCUGGAAAUGGGACUCGAUCCCCUAGUUUUCAAGAAGCAAGAUCAUCCCCUCAUGGACCUCAGUCCAGAGCCAGUGAGUGCAGUGAGGGCCAGGAGAGCAAAAAAAGUGUUAACUUUGGUCUGGAAACAAAAAAGAGCAUCAUCCACCCACGGUCUGAUUCAUCGACCCGCUCCACUCGAUUGUCUUUGUCCUCAGAGAAGUCCUAUGGCAAUGGUAUAGGACCACACUCACAGCACAGACCAGCUAUUAUGAACGAUGACAUUGAAAAACGUGUCCUGGUCAACAAGGACGGCAGUCUCUCCGUGGAGAUGAGAGUGCGUUUUCGCCUCUGCAAUGAUGAGACAUUAAAGUGGUCGACGCAAAUUGGAAAGUCACCCUCUCUGACAAGUGACUGCUACCCGCCAAGCCAUGCCCACGUUAGUUGCUUACAAAAUGGCCAAUCUGAAAGCUGCUCCGAUUGUGCAACCUUUGAGAGGGAUUAUUUGGACGAUGCCAAUCAAUCUCUCCAUGCUGCAUUGGAUGUAAGCCAGUGCCCCUGCUGCUACCAGAUGCAAGGACAGCAGUACAACCUCUGGGAAAACCCAAUACACAGCCAAAAGCAGACACCUGUCUCACCCCAGUAUGUAGCAAGUCACACUCACACUACAAUAAGACACACACAUUCCUCCUGCUCAUCCUCAUCAUGUAAUUCCAUGAGAGUAAUGCGGUGCCGUGCAAAAAUCUCCAGCUGUGGAAGAGGUUCCGAUUCAGAGCAGAGUCAACUUGUCCAAGAGGAAACAUGUGUGAUGGAACAGGUCGAGCAGAGAGUAGAUAUGGGGCAGAAUGAAGACAGUAACGUCGAAGUGUGCAUGAUGAGCAGGUGCUCCAGUCGCAGUGAAGUGGUCACGAUGAAUGCCAAUGUGAGCUCUCCUUGCGAAAGGUCACUCAUGGAUGAGGCAAUGGAAGAGGAGGUGAAUCACCCACUGUCCAGAAUCAGCAGCUCUUCUCAUGUGCUGCAGUCAUUAAAAGAAGACCAAGAUGUUGACGACGACCUGCCAGCGAGCGCUUCACAGUGCUCCCAUCGAAGUAAGCCAUCCUCGAAUGCUCAACCAAACGACAAUCAGUCAAUCAGCCACUUCACUGAGCACGAUAACCUGGAGGACCGGGAUAAUAUAGAAAGUCAGACAGUAAGCGAAACAGCUGCAAGAGAUCAAACUAUCACAUUCAGCUCCAAUGACACUAAGACUGGAAAUCAAUCCUGUCAGGAGUCAAGCAAGGCAAACAAAGCUAGCAACAAACAGCAUGUGGAGAAAAGCAAAAUAAAGAGGAGUCAAAAGGAUCAGCCUGAAAGGACAGAAGUGACCCCUGCCUGUCUACCCAACGCUUCCCCUAAUGAAGUAGUCAGUGAUUGGUUGCGAAGCAUUCCUGCUAAAAGUAACAUGAUCGCUCCUGAUGAGUUCAUUGAGAAUGGCGAGGAAGGGUUGGUUAACGAUGUAGACGAACCAACAGCAUCAAAGGAGCAGCACAUUGAGGAUAGGUUAGACAAUAUACAGAAAGCUAAGGAUGACGAGAAAGAGGGAUGUGCAGCAAUAAAUGAAGGAAAAAGUACAGAUCUUGCUAUAGGUGUUGGUUUAGCUGAAGCAUCUCCUCAAGUCAAUUCUUCAUUGACAAGUGGAAAGGUAUUACCGAAGGACUGGCGCUCCUCAGCUGCAGUGAUGAAGGUUCUUCUCAGUUCCUCUCUGGGACGAUGUAGAAGCUUGCCAGAGGUAUCUCCAGUUUAUGGCCGCAGACUAAGCACAUCAGCCAGGGGCCUCCUGGACUGUUUGGCCCAGCUUCAGCUCAUUGAGCCCAUGGGAUGUCAAAGCUGCAAACAACAUGAGGACAGAAACCGUCAGUAUGGGGACAUUAUAGCCAUUCUUCAAUCCCUUUGGCUCGCAGAACCUCUGGACAUUGAGAACAAGGACACCGGCAAAGAUCAAGGGACCCCACCAAGGUCCUCGUCAGGAGUAGGCAUGAGCAGUGGCUCUGGUGGCUCAGGGAAGGAGCAUGACAAUCAAGGAGGAGAUGAAGCAAUCCCCAAAGAGUCUUCACAUGAGGACGAUGUUGUAGAGAAUGUUUUAGAGGAGACCAUAAAACCACAAACAUUGGGAUUUAAGACUGAGGUAGGUUUAGAGGAACAGACAAUGCACAGUGAGGAACAAAGUCAAGCCCCUCCACUUUUAGACAGUCCAAAAGAUGUGAAUCAUUCGUCAUCUGACAAAAGCUCCACCUCCAGCGCAACCCCACCACCAAGACUUUUGCAAUUAUCAUUGUCAAAUAAACCUUCCCAAGAUCCUGAUCCAGUUUGGGUCUUGCACCUUCUAAAGAAGCUGGAGAGGGAAUUCAUGAAUCACUACAUCGAUGCCAUGGCAGAGUUUAAAGUCCGUUGGGACCUUGAAGACAGCCUCAUUUUGGACACAAUGGUUGCAGAACUGAAAGAUGAGGUGAACAGCAGAAUCCAGAGCAGCAUUAAGCGUGAAAUGAGUAAGAUCCAGAGUCGAUCCGGUCGAGACGGCAGGUCCCCACGACCUCCAAAGGGGACUAAUCUGUCCAGAGAGUCCACCAUGACAGAAAAGCGCAGACGGAUGCUCAAGAUCAUGAAGAACCAGUCAGUCAAAACUGCCGAGUCCUUCAGUGACAGUGAGCUGACACCCGAGUUCAGCGACCAACGAAGUGAUGACGAUUACUGCCCUUGCGAUGCUUGCGUACGCAAGAAAAUGGCAGCACGGCCUCUCAAAAUGAACCCGGCGGCAGUUGAAGCUCCAGUCAUGAUGGAGUUUGAUCUCCUCAAGAUACUUCAACUCAAGAAAACUCCAGAAAAAGUUACUGCAGCUGUGUCACAGCCUACAGAUAGGUGCAAUGACAGUGUUGCCAUAGAGGAAGUGAGGAGCUUGGAGGUUGUGCACGAAGAAGAAGAGGAGGAGGAAUCAAGCGAGGAAAGCAAAACGGUUUUAAAAGAGCCAAUUAUAGGUGAAGAGAAGGACGCAAAAGAAGAAGCUGAAACUGGGGAGGAGGUCAUUGCUGCAGAUGAUGAUGAAGAGAAGGCUGAACGCGAGAAGGAAAAUGGAGGAGAGGCUGCAGAAAGAAGCAAUGAUGAAGCAGAUGGAAGUGAGGAAGAAUGUAAAGCCACAGAGGACACGACAAAUCAAGAUCAAGAAGGAACAACACUUUUGGAGGAGAACAGACACACCAGUAUUUCAGGAGGCGCUGAUGAUGAAGAUGAGGAGCAGGCGGAUGGCGGAACUCGAGAGUCGCACGAAAAAGACAAGUUGCUACAGCAAGACAGAGCCUCACAAAAGGCUCACAGUGCAACCGGAGAUGUCUGCAUGAUGAAUUAUGAGGAGGCCGAUGCUGAAAAUGACAGUGAACAUCCAAGCGACACCGGCACAAAUGAGUCAGGAAACAAGGAAGACACAACAGAGGUGGACAGGAGCAUGGUAUCAGAUAAUGUGCUGCUACAUCAGUUCACCAAGAGCUCAGUGGAGUCCCAGCAGGGCUCCUUGGAAGACUGA